GCUAGAAAAGUGCGUUUUAGAAUGAUUACUGUUGGCCAGCGCAGAGACAGAUUAUAGAGCUCUACACAACUGUUGUUUUAAUCCCCUGGGCGAGGAGAUUUAGCAAAGAAAAAAACACUGGUUUUAAACCCAGCAGCCAUAUUGUAUGGAAAAACGAAGGAAAGACUCCGCUUUUCUGAAAAGGUCGUUUACUCAUACACCUCUCUCAAGACUUUUGGGGAGUUUAAUUGUUUUUCUUACUGGCGGUGGGUUUCUCUCGGACAACUAGCUUGCCAGCUGGUUGCGGAAUUCUCAGAUUGGGACUAGUUUUUGAGCAUUUUUAUACAAUAUUGGGAUCAUCUUUUGGUGUACGGUGUUCAAAUAUCCGCGUGAAACAUGAAGGACCGAUUGGAACAACUUAAAGCGACGUGUGAUCAAGAUGAUGACGAGGUGGAGAUUGCUAUGGACAAUGCGGCCUUCAUGGACGAAUUCUUCUGUCAGAUUGAGGACAUCAGGAGCAGUAUUGAUAAAAUUGAUGAGAAUGUGGCUGAAGUCAAAAAGCUUUUCUCCGUCAUCUUGUCUGCUCCCACAUCAGAUCAGAAAACCCAGGAUGACUUGGAGGCAAUCACCAACGACAUAAAGAAGAUGGCUAACAAUGCAAGAAACAAACUCAAGACCAUCGAGAGGAAUCUGGAGUCAGAGGAGCAGGAGAGGGUGUCUGCUGACAUCCGGAUACGUAAAUCACAGCAUGCAGUCCUGUCCAGGAAAUUUGUGGAGGUAAUGACAAAGUAUAAUGAAGCUCAGGUGGACUUCAGGGAGAGGAGUAAAGGACGUAUUCAGAGACAACUAGAGAUCACUGGACAAGCAACAACAGAUGAUGAACUUGAAGAGAUGUUGGAAAGUGGCAAUUCUGCUGUGUUUACGGCAGGGAUUGUGGACGCUGGGAUCUCAAAACAAGCUCUAAGUGAGAUUGAAGCCAGACACAAAGACAUUGUCCGUCUGGAAAGUAGCAUCAAGGAGCUGCACGAUAUGUUUGUAGACAUCGCCAUGCUUGUGGAGAACCAGGGUGACAUAGUUGACAACAUAGAGCAGAAUGUAUCCAAGUCAGUGGACCAUAUCACAGUGGCUAAGGAACAGACCAAAAAAGCUAUAAGGCAUCGGACCAAAGCCCGCAAGAAAAUGGUGAUAAUAGUGGUGGUUGUGGUGGUCUUGCUGGCCUUACUAGCUCUCAUAAUCGGGUUGUCUGUGGGAUUGAAGCAAAGGUGAUGAGCUAUUUGAAUAUGAGGAGCACUAAGGAAGAUGAUCUUAAUUGUUGUAGUCUGUGCUGUGGAUGUUCUCAUCUUCCUCAUCGUCAUCCUCACCCAGACACGAUCACAGGCCUGCUGUUUUUAUCAUCAGUUAUUAAUCAUCCACUUCAUCCUAUACUCCGUCAGCUGCGCCACCAAAGACAAAACUGAUACUGAUGGCUCCAUAUGGAUAAAAUGUUUAACUUGCAGAUGUACAACUUUUUGGUUGAAGAACAAGUGUUGCAUUUUAUCUCUGGAUAAGAAAGAAGACCACCGAGACUUGGGAUAUUAUAAAACCUUUUUAUCCAAUCGGACCCGUCUUUCCUGGUCGGUUCGUUUGAGUCCCGCAGGAGGCUUGGACAGUUUGAGGAUGCUCUGCUGCAAAUGAGGAAAUGAGACUGAAGCUGACUGCGUGGAGAGGAAGAGAGAAUUGAGAAAUAACUGAUCAUAACGCCACAUAAUGUCACUUAACAUUUCAUUGUCUAACAUUCAAUGCCAAAGAAAGUGUUGAGUGAAAUAGAUUUGAAUGUCCAGUUAGUGGGACCCUUGUGAAGCCUUGUAGAAGCACAUCACCUCCCUCGUCAUAAUCAUUGCCUUUUUAUGAGCCUUGACACAUUCUGUGAUUGAAAAGAUAGUAUAUUCACUGUACUUGGAAUGUGUUCGUUUAGAGUUUUUUUUUUUUUUUAGCACUUUCACAUUUCAAAUGAUGUCUUUUAUUUCUGCAAUUAAGCUCAGACAAUCAUUUGAGUAAUAGGAUUGUGAUUUUAUGUGUCGUAGAUAUGCAACCCUGAAUAGGUCUCAGUUCUUUUAACUUGAAGAGGAUCGGUGUGCUAACUUAUGAUUCUUCAGUUUGGAGAGCUCAGUGGUUCUUAUUUUAAAUAUGGAGGACGUCCUCAUGGGAACCCAUUUCAAACACCGGUGGAGCUUAGAUGAGCAAACAAACAAACAAACAAGCUUGGUGCAUUAACAUGUAUCCAUUGCUUUAAGGCUUGAAAUGCCUGAAUAUUUGUUUUGUAUCUUUGCUAACUUGAUACAAUGUCAGCUUGACUUUCUACACUUAAAGACAUGAUUGACUCCAUUGUUAAAAUCCUGUACAAACAUAAUGCCUUCGUGCGAAAAGAGAGAUUGGUAGUAACACUAUCAUAUUUCAAUCUCCGUGCCAGAGUUCCGUAAGUAAUAGUAAUAUAUUUAUAAUACUUUUUGAUGACGUUGCAAAGUAAGUCGCAAAGACGGAUGAAAGUGUAAAAGGACACUCUAACCUCCAGUAAGAUCUCCCUGAUUGGUGGUCUUUACUAGUGCGAUAUGCAUUUCCUGGCAUAUUUUAAAUCAUAUUUAUACUGUAAAUGUAUACCUCAGUUGCCAGUUUAUUGGGUACAACUAUCUGAAACGAAUGCAUUAAUACAGCAGCCCUGCAAUAAAUCCUCUUGUCUUGAAGGUUCUUGAAUGUUCAGUUUUUCUUGAAAUAGCUAUUGAGGUAUGCUGGUUAAUUAAACUUUAUGGACCGGCUGCCUGCCAACGUCUGAGACAAUUCAACAGCACCAACAAGUACAGCCUCUAAAUAGACAAUACAGUUGAUUUAACACAUAUCUUAAACAGUUUCAACAAAAACUGUACAUAACGCAAUGUUUAAAGUACAUAACUUUAUUGAUUUUAUCUAUCCCUAACAAUGUCUGAUGUGUUGUGUUCUAUACUUUUUUCUUGUUCGAGGGAAUUUGAGAGUUUUUAAAACCCAGUGCACAUGUCACCAAGAGGCUUUAAUUUGGCAGUUAAAGUAAUUAAAGGUGACGCCAGCUGUGCAUUCAAAGACUGUAUGAGAGACAUUAUGUCCCAUCAUUUAGAGACUGGUAUUUACCACGUCUAGGAGUUCUGUAGCGCAAAGACAUCAUCUUUUAAUGUCAAGUACAUUAUGAGGGCGGCUGUCUGAGGGAAGUCUUUGUUUCUGUUCGACCAGAGCCUGAAUGGUUCUUUUUCAUUCUGGUUGAGCUCUUGAAAGUGAGAGUCCAUCCCAGCUUUGUCUUUUGACCGCACUCAUGCAGCCAUCGACUGUUUAAUCCUAAUGCUUCUAUUCAAGCUUUUUUUCUUCACACGCCACCAAGAGAAGGAGGGGAAACUGAAGCAGCUGUACACUGUAUAACUUAAGGUGCCACAAAUGUUAUUGAAAUUAAAGAUUUUAUGUUUUUUAAUGACUUGGUUGACUAUAGUGUCUACUUGUGACCUCAUGCCUGUCCCUUUUGUGAGUGACGGGAAGUGUGUGUGUGUGUGUGUGUGUGUGUGUGUGUGUGUGUGCGUUUAUGGGAUGGUUGUAGCUGUUGUCAGCAGAUUAACCAAUGUUACAAAGUACAGUUUUUAAAGCCUGGUGCACACUUUUAAAGAGGUACGUUUUUUCACCUUUUCUCUCUCUUUACACACAAACACACACACACACACCCUGAUCUCUGUAACCCUUUGUUCUCCUUCUGAUCAAUCAUUUCCUCAAAUCAAUGUGUCCAUUAGUGUGAGUAAUUGUAUUGUGUUAAAUGCUGUCUGACCAACUUUUUAUUUUUAUUUUGUAUUAAAUCAACAGAAAAAGAUGAUGAUUACAUUGUGCUGUACCAUCAUUGGAAUCGUUGGAUUCUCCUAUAUCUACAGCUUCUUCUCAUAAAAGGUGUUACAGGUAAAACAGCUGCAACCGCCUUUAACACUAUGCAUUCAAUUAUUUCAAACUAAAUGUUGAAUAAGGUCCUUUUUGUGUUUGUGCAGAGUUCCUAUGGAAGAGGGUGUCAAGAAAGUUUCCUCAGGCACUUCCUGUGUUUACCCUGACCAUUAUUUGAAUCUAAUUUAAAAUCGAAUAAAAGUAUAAAAAAUGAACCAAACCAACCCUGUGCACUUACCCUUUUAUUAAUCAUCUUGCUGUAUGAAGUGUUUGAAAACGUGUUAUAAAUGUGUAGAUGUGUCUCAGUCUGCCUGUUCGUUACCAGAUGGAUCAAUAUGAGACUUAAAAUCUUUUUGGACCGUGCUUGUCGGGUGGAGUCUACCGCCUCCUGGUGGUGUUUGGAUCAAAUCAUAUUUGUUUAUUGUAAGGAAAUUAUUUCGAAGGAUUCAUUUAAAAAAUAAAUGCAUGAAGAUGA